AUGCCAGAGCUCGCCCGAGACGAGCAGCAGAACUCCGCUGCUCGGGCCAGCGCACACGCAGCGGAAGCGACGGAUGGCAAGCCACGGUCGCGGUGGUCGUCUCACACCACCUUCCUCCUGGCAUCAAUCGGCUCCGCGAUCGGAUUUGGGAACGUGUGGCGCUUUCCGAUGAUGGCCUACAGCUACGGAGGCGGUGCGUUCAUGCUACCCUAUCUGAUCGCGCUCUUCUUUGCUGCAAUACCGAUGGUCGUGCUCGAGUUUGCGCUCGGGCAGCGGCUUCAGCGUGGGCACGUGGCGCUCGUCGCGCACAUUGCCCCUCGGUGGGAAGGGCUCGGCUGGGCCACAGUCGUGGGCACCUUCCUGAGCGCCCAGUACUACCAG